GUUGUGUUUGUGAAGAGAGACCUGGGUGUGGUAAAUAUUAUCACUAUGCAGUAUGUGGAUUCAUGCAUAGAUUAGAAGGAGGAAGAAGGAGGUUUUGUCUGUCGCCUGUCACUAUAAAAGCCUUCAGUGGGAGUCUCUGUAGUACAGCUCGAGAGAAGCUGGCAACCCUUGCAGCUUGCGUCUAUUCUGGGACAUAUGCCUGGUUCACAUCAGACUAAGGAUAUUCAGAAGAAUAUCAACUGCUCCACCUCUUCUGCCUCUGCCCCUCCUGCCACCAGCUUCACUGUAAGUCAGCGUUCACAGUUUAGAUGUUCAGUGAGCUCCAGCCCCUGAUGGCUCACCCUGACCUGCCGUCUAAGCAAGACACCUCUCAGGAUGACAAGAGGGAGAAGGACCCUGUGCAGCCAGCACCAACAAACCUGCAGAGGGCCAAGGCUCGCUUCCUCAAGGGAGUCUCCUACUUUGCUGGGGACAUGAGCAUAUUUGCAAAAUGGAUGGAAAAACAGUUUUUCUUGCUGCAGUUGUUAGACUGGGUUUUGCGUGGAGCUGCUCAGGUGAUGUUCGUCAACAACCCUCUGAGCGGCCUCAUCAUUUUUGCUGGCCUCAUCCUGCAGAACUACUGGUGGGCUCUCAACGGCUUUGUGGGCACACUCUUUGCCACAAUUUCUGCCCUUAUUCUGCAACAGAGCAGGGGUGCAAUAGCUGCAGGGCUGUACGGUUACAAUGGCAUCCUGGUGGGCCUGCUCAUGGCGGUGUUCUCCAAUAAAGGGAACUGGUACUGGUGGCUCCUGCUGCCCAACGUCUUCAUGUCCAUGAUGUGCCCGAUUGUGUCCAGUGCCCUGGCAUCUAUCAACAGUCGCUGGGAUCUGCCAGUGUUCACCCUGCCCUUCAACAUCCUGGUGUGUCUCCACAUGGUCGCCACCGGACACUACAACCACCACUUCCCCCAAGUCCUCAUUCAGCCUCGCUCAGAGCUGCCCAACAUCACCUGGGCUGAAAUCGACGUAGCCAAGCUGUUCAUGUCAGUGCCUGUGGGAAUUGGCCAGGUCUACGGCUGUGACAACCCUUGGACAGGAGGAAUCUUCAUCAUCUCGCUCUUUAUCUCCUCCCCUAUCACCUGCGCUCAUGCUGUCCUGGGCUCUGCCGUGGGCAUGGUUUCAGGCUUGGCUCUGGCAGCGCCUUUUGGGGACAUCUACUUUGGCCUCUGGGGAUACAACUGUGUGUUAGCCUGCAUUGCUAUUGGAGGAAUGUUUUAUGCUCUCACCUGGCAGGUGCACCUGCUUGCCAUCACGUGUGCUUUUUUCUGCGCAUACCUCGGCUCAGCCAUUGCCAAUAUCAUGUCCUCGUUUGGUCUGCCAGCCUGCACUUGGCCGUUCUGUCUCUCUGCCCUCACAUUCCUCCUCAUAACCACGGGGACCAAAAAGAUCUUCAAGCUGCCGCUGGCCAAAGUCACCUUCCCCGAGAAAAACCUGGGCUUCUACUGGAAGCUGAAAAAGCAGGAGAAAAAGGAGAAGGCUGAGAAAGAGAAGAGUGAGAGUGAGGAGCAGCAGAAAGCCAUCGAGGAAGAGGUGAUACUGAACGAAAAAGAGCAACUGAGGAUGGCGCUGGAAAGAAUAGAAGAGGGAAGAGCUGAAAGUGAGGAAUCAGAGGGUGAGAAUGACGAGACAAAUGAGGAAGACCGUGCACCUGGGGCCGAAAGGCAGGAAACUGAAGAAGAAGAUAUCAGACACAAUGAUCUAACCAGUGUCACUUCUAUUGAGAACGUUUAAUACUGUAGAGAGAGAGAGAUACGCUUAUAGUAUUAAAAUAUAUGAAGAAUGUAUAGAAGUGUAUCCGUAAAUAUCAUUUUUAUUACUUUUUCUUUUGUGCAUUAAAGUGAUUGGUGGAGACAAGUACAGGGAAAAAUAAACAGUAAAAUAAAUGAAGUACGAUAGAAGCCUCUGAUAAAAAUUACUAAAAGGGUAAAGAAGAAAAAUGCAAAUAAACAAAAUAAUUUUUUUUUUCCUCCUUUUGAUGUGUAAUGAGAGAAAACAGAGAAGAGAAAAAGAGUAAUUAAAUGGUAUAUCAUUGUGUCUAUGUGCAUGUGGGUGUGUGUAGUGGGGCACGCAUCGGAUCCAACCACUGAGUAAGCAAGUAGAUAAGGCAGCGGUGAGACAGAGGAGCUGAAAUCCUCCCAACUCAGAACCCGUCAAGUAAUUUUAAAUCUCCUGAUUUUAUUUUUGCAUGGUUACAUGGAGGCUGAUAUCUUUUGUAGGCAACCCACAGACCCUCAUGAGGGCAGUUUAUUCAGUUUAUUCCUUUAUUACAUUUGGGUUAUAUAUUCAGAGGACACCAGCACCAACCAUAUACCACCACACACAGGAACACUAAAUAUUCUUUCAGAGUUUUUCUAAUUUUGUAUUGACGAUGACACUGACAGUCCAGUUGAUGUUUUAUGAUUUGAUGACUUAUGCCUUAUUUUCUCUGUAGAACUGUGUUUAUAUACUAAAUGUAUAUUUUUUUAA